CAUUUGUGCCUGUGUCUGCAUGUGAACGGAGUGCCUGCAUUACUUUGCUUGCAGCUUAUGAAAUACUUCUUUCCUGAUAGGGCUUGCCUUUUAGGUCAAAGGUUGUUGAAGUCGAGUGAGUGCUGAGCAGAGCUGAACUUCGAAAGAAAGAUGGAGAACGCCACUUUCUCGCCAGUGUCCCGUGUUGCCAUUUGUGGUGGCACCCAUGGAAAUGAGAUGACAGGCAUCUACGUGGUGAGAGAAAUGCAGAGACAGGAGGCAGAUAGGACUGGAUCUGUUUCUAUAACCAGCAUAAUAUCAAAUCCAGGGGCUGUGGAGGUGUGCAGAAGAUAUACAGAAACAGAUCUCAAUCGUUGUUUCACAAAAGCCUUGCUGAGUUCCCCCAUCAAAGAUUCAACCCCCUACGAGGUGAGGCGCGCCCAGGAGAUUAACACUCUGCUCGGGCCCAAAGAGAGCCAGGAGGCUGUGGAUCUGCUGUGUGACCUCCACAACACCACCGCCAACAUGGGCAUGUGCCUCAUCUUUUACUCCUUGGACUGGCUCCCACUGCACAUUUACAAAUACAUUCAGAGCAACAUGACCUCUGCACCUGUGAGAGCAAUGCUGCUGAGUUCACCCAAAUCUGAGGCUCAUUCCUUGGAUUCAGUGGGUAAACAUGGCUUCUCGAUAGAAGUCGGUCCUCAACCCAACGGUGUGCUCAGAGCUGAUAUCUUCAACAUGGCGAAAGAGGCAGUGGAUCUCACUAUAGAAUGGCUUCAUAAAUUCAAUUCAGGAAGUACUUUUGAAGAAGGUGAAGUGGAAGCAUACACUGUCGUGAAGAGUGUAGACUACCCAAGGGAUCCAACAACCAAUGAAAUCACUGCUAUCAUUCACCCCGAGCUGCAGGAUAAUGACUUCAAGCUUCUGCAGCCAGGCGACCCCAUGUUCCUGUCUUUUUCUGGGGAGACGGUGAAGUACGAAGGAGAGGACCUCCACCCUCUCUUCAUAAAUGAGUGUGCUUACUAUGAGAAGAAGAUUGCCUUCCAUUUAGCCAAGAAGAUCACAGUGACCCUCCCGUCUAUAAGUGUGAAGAAGGACUGAGACUACGGAGACGGAAGGAAACCAAGACUUAAUUUACAUACUUCAAAUUAUAAUCACAGAGAUGUGUACACUAUAUGUAUAAUCAUGUUUUAAAUCAUAUCAACAACAAAAAUGUACUCGCCUGUGCAGUGACUAAAUAUUCAACAGGUGCUGGAAAUGAUAACAUGAUUACCUCCUUAUCGCUAUACAAUACAGGAGCAGCUGUGCAACAUUGCGAUCUCUGGGAGGCAACAAAGGGUGUUUUUGUAUUAAAUCAGUUUAUUUUUUACUUGAGUGACAUGUAUACAUGCUGGAAUUUUAAUCUGUACCUUCUGUAUAAUAAUUAGACUAGGACAUUGAUAUUUUAUAAACUGUGGCAAAUAUGCAAAUAACCGAAUCACUGUGAAGUUUUUGAUGGUGUGAUUUGACUUUCAAAUGAUUAGACGCUGAUGACUUGCUGCUAAGAUAUGUUUGUUCACAAACUAAGUUUAGUGAACUUUUGCUCAUUGCCACGUAACACAAAAUUGAGUUGAGGUUUAUGGGAAUACCUGGGAAUUUAAUAUUACUCUCUCGAAAAAAAUAGCAACAGAAAAGCAUUUGAGUUUCUCUUACAUAAUUUCAGUCUAAGGAUUGACGAUUACUUUUUACUAUUAAAGUACACCACAAGAGAAGAAGUCAGCAAAUGUCAAUUUAUAAAUACAGAAACAGGAACAGUGUGCUUCAGAAUACAUAAAAACAUUUACAAAAGCCUGUGUAUACACAUGAGACGAAUAACAAAACAUUGUGACACAAAAACAUCACAAUUUGUAAUCUGGUAUAUAGAAAUGUGUAAUAUUGGUCACACAACAAAGUGACAUAUCAUUCACUUUCCAGGCAGAUGUUGAGUUUAGAGGCUUACAUUUCUGAGGAUUUUCACUUGCAAGUGAAUUCGGCAAUUUCAACUGUUGUUAAAAACACCCGUCUAUUUGCUCUGAAGUAUCAUGGAGCAGUAUUUAAAAAGGCUUUAACUGAUGCAAUAUUUGGCUGUCAAACCAGUCAGUUAGGUAACUGAACAAACAGACCUCUAGAAAGGAACAGACAACGACUGCAACCACGUCUAGAAAAACAUUUCAAGUAGUUUAACAAAUGUGAAGUGGCAGUAGUAUAAUUUUGGGGCUGAAGCAAUAGAAUUUAAAUGUUACAAAGAGGUAUCAAGUUUGCAAAAGUGGCGUCAAAUCAACUCAGUAUUUUACGUGUUAAUAGAUAUUUAUUCUAUAAACACAGCUGCUGACGGGAGUGGUUAGAGUUUAACAGUGACAUUUAGUGAACACACAUCACAGGCUGAAACAACUACCACAGAUGACAGUAAUGUCAGUUAAAAAAAAAAAAAAGGCAUGCAAAAAUAAAACCUCACAAAUAAAUAAAUCA